AUGCGCAUUAUUCCUCGUCAGCACGUGUGUUCCAACUUGCCGCCGAGAAAGCUGUGUGCGUUGCGCGAGGUAUGUCUUCCAGUGCUGGUCAGAGCAAAGCCGGCGCCUUCCGGGACAAAGAAAAGCCGCAUGACGUGAGAGUCAGCAACAUAACGGCCGCCAAGGCUGUAGCUGAUGCCAUCAGAACAAGUCUAGGGCCCAGAGGCAUGGACAAAAUGAUACAGAGCAGUAGUGGGGAUGUGACUAUCACAAACGACGGAGCCACCAUCCUGAAACAGAUGCAGGUUCUUCAUCCAGUGGCCAGAAUGCUGGUGGAGCUGUCCAAGGCACAGGACAUUGAGGCAGGAGAUGGUACCACCACGGUCGUCGUCAUUGCUGGCAGUCUCCUCUCUGCCUGCCACAAGCUGCUCGAGAAAGGUAUCCAUCCGACCACAAUCUCCGACUCCAUCCAGCUGGCCACUGAGAGGGCAGUGGAGGUCCUGACGGCCAUGUCGUCUCCUCUCUCUCUCAGCGACAGAGAGUCACUCCUCAAGAGUGCCACCACCUCCCUUAACUCCAAGGUUGUGUCGCAGUACUCCAGCCAGCUAGCUCCCAUCGCCGUGGAUGCAGUCAUGAGAGUGGUGGACCCAGCCAAGGACACCAACGUCAAUCUCAAAGACAUUAAGAUUGUCAAGAAACUUGGAGGUACAGUGGAGGACACAGAGCUGGUGGAGGGGUUGGUACUGGACCAGAAGGCAUCCCAUCUGGCUGGUGGGAUCACACAGGUCGAGAAGGCCAAGAUUGGACUCAUUCAGUUCUGCAUCUCUCCUCCAAAGACAGAUAUGGAGAACCAGGUGAUAGUGUCAGACUACUCUCAGAUGGACCGCAUACUGCGAGAGGAGAGACAGUACAUUCUCGACAUCUGCAAGAAGAUCAAGAAGGCUGGUUGCAACGUUCUGCUCAUCCAGAAGUCUAUCCUCAGGGAUGCAGUGAAUGAGAUGGCUCUCCAUUUCCUGGCCAAGAUGAAAAUCCUGGUGGUUAGAGACAUUGAGAGAGAGGACAUUGAGUUUGUCUGCAAGACUCUAGGCUGCCGCCCCAUUGCCAGUUUGGACCACUUCCUCCCGGAGCACCUAGGGACCGCCGGCCUCGUGGAGGAGGUUCCCACGGGAACCAGCAAGAUCGUCAAGAUUACAGGGGUUCCGUCCACGGCCCGCACAGUGUCAGUUGUGGUGCGUGGCUCCAAUAAGCUGGUGCUGGAGGAGGCCGACCGCUCCCUCCAUGAUGCCCUCUGUGUCAUCAGGUGCCUCGUCAAAAACAGGUUUUAAUGCAUACACUGCAGGGCUCUGAUAGCCGGAGGAGGUGCACCUGAGAUCGAGGUGUCCCAGCAGCUGAUGGCCUACUCGCAGGGUCUGACUGGGAUGGAGUCUUACUGUGUCAGGGGUUUUGCAGAGGCAAUGGAGAUCAUUCCCUACACGCUGGCCGAGAACGCCGGACUCAACCCCAUCGCCGUCGUGACUGAACUGAGGAACAGACACGCCAAGGGAGAGAAGAAUGCUGGCAUCAACGUCAGGAAGGGAACCAUCACAGACAUGCUGGAGGAGAACGUGGUGCAGCCUCUCCUGGUGUCCACCUCAGCCAUCAAACUGGCAGCUGAGACUGUUAGGAGUAUCAUGAAAGUGGACGACAUCAUCAAUGCUCGGUGAAAUAGUGUAGGUGCUGUAGAAUCCUUCAGCCAAGAACUCUGUUGUUUAGCACGUUUGUAUAAUUAUAUGUGCUGUAUAUACCACUGUACGUUAUUAUCUAACAUGCUAUACUAUUAUAGUGAAGGAAUGUUCCGUGUUUAUCGCAAGCAAGCUAAUAGGACUGUGACUGUGCACGUGUCUGUGAUGACUAUAUAACUGGGGAAGUUGUUGGGGG